CUGUUUCAAGUUCCCCCGGCAGAAACUGUGCCUGAUUUGUGGCCAGUGCUGGAGAUGUAAGAAAGGGAGGAAAAACACUAAGCGGGUAGCUAUGGAGAUAGAGCGUUUUCCUGGCCGCUUCCUUUGACAGGUGUUGAGUAGGUUAAAAGUCUGCAAACAAAGUCCACCAUGUACGCCAAAGGGAAAGGAGCCGUUGUCCCAUCUGAUAGUCAAGCCAGAGAGAAAUUAGCUUUAUAUGUGUACGAGUACUUGCUUCAUGUUGGGGCCCAGAAGUCAGCACAGACCUUCCUGUCUGAGAUCCGAUGGGAGAAGAACAUUACACUAGGGGAGCCUCCUGGAUUCCUGCAUUCAUGGUGGUGUGUAUUCUGGGAUUUGUACUGCGCUGCUCCAGACCGCCGUGAGACCUGCGAGCACUCCAGCGAGGCCAAGGCUUUCCACGACUAUAGUGCAGCAGCCGCCCCCAGCCCUGUUAUGGGUAACAUGCCCCCCAACGACGGUAUGCCCGGAGGACCCAUGCCCCCCGGCUUCUUUCAGGGCCCUCCCGGCUCGCAGCAGUCACCACACGCACAGCCUCCCCCACACAAUACCAGCAACCCCAUGAUGGGACCACACGGCCAGCCAUUCAUGUCUCCACGGUACCCGGGUGGACCACGGCCCUCUCUUCGCAUGCCAAAUCAGCCUCCUGUAGGAGUUCCAGGGUCACAGCCACUCUUGACAAACAGUUUGGACCCAACCAGACCUCAAGGACAUCCAAACAUGGGCGGCCCAAUGAGGAUGAAUCCUCCCAGGGUGAUGGGUGGAAUGGGCCCUCAGAGUUAUGGUGGCAUGAGGCCUCCUCCCAACUCUCUAGGUGGUCCAGGCAUGCCCGGCAUGAACAUGGGUCCUGGAGUACGUGGCCCCUGGCCAAACCCGAAUGCUAACUCGAUAGCAUACUCCUCCUCAUCUCCAGGCAACUAUGUGGGUCCUCCGGGAGGAGGUGGUCCACCAGGAACUCCCAUAAUGCCAAGCCCAGGAGACUCCACAAACUCCAGUGAGAACAUCUACACGAUGAUGAACCCUAUCGGUCCAGGAGGCAACCGACCCAAUUUCCCCAUGGGUCCUGGUCCGGAUGGUCCGAUGGGAGGUAUGGGUGGCAUGGAACCCCAUCAUAUGAAUGGAUCAUUAGGCUCUGGUGACAUGGACGGCUUGCCAAAGAAUUCCCCCAACAACAUGGCAGGCAUGAAUAACCCUCCGGGUACACCGCGAGACGAUGGUGAAAUGGGCGGCAACUUCCUCAACCCAUUCCAAAGUGAAAGUUAUUCACCCAACAUGACGAUGAGUGUGUGAUUUCUUGUUUUUCUUUUUUUCUUUGGGGUGUUAUGUUUUGUUUCGUUUUCGAACCCCUUUGACCCCGGUUCCUUUUUAACCCCGCCCCCUUCACGUCUAUCAACCCGGUCCCCCUCGCCCACGGAACUCCGUCUUCGCCGCACAGCCUUCUGGGAUGCCCCAUGAGCACAGGACUCAUAUGAAGGUGCCCCAUCCCAGCUCGUGCAAAAUGGCCACCGGCAACAGGAAACAGCCCCAGAGCCACAGGAAGAGCUUGUUGACUGACACUUCCUGCCUCCCAGACUUCCUCUCUGGCUCAGGACACUGACAGGGCUGAACACACGUAGGAAGGCAGGUGUGUGUGACCAGCGUCCCCCACAGUAGGCCGCGCUUCACCGGGCUGCUCGUCUUUAUGAACUCACUCCACUUUUCGACUGAUUUUUUUAUCUUUGACGGAUGCAGUAGUUUUAACGGUGGAAGAUAUCUGCACCCGAUACUUUUUCCUCCAUUUUACUGUGUACAUUUGAAAUGCAAAAGGAAACUCACGCUGAUGGGUUUGGCUAUGAGCGUUUUCAUUAUUCUGUGUAUGUAUUGUAUUAUUAUCAAUUGUUGAUUUUAUUUUUAUUAAUAUUGUAAUGAUGGUUAUUGGUUAGGUUUUUCUUUUUUGAAGGGGCACAUUGUAUGUCAACCAUAACAUUGGACAGAAAAGCACACACCCAUAAUGCACAAUAACACGGUCAUGACUUGCAGUCUGUGCUGAGUUUUGUGUUUGCUGUGAAUUUUCCCGCAGUUUUAAUUCUCUUGCCACACAAUUUACUACACGUCUCUACAAUACAACUGUUCAUGCACAGUCACAACAGAUGUAGUUUGUUGUCCAAACGUCUGAGGCUGUCAAGCUCAGUUUGUACAGAAGUAGUGCUGUUAUUCCAGAUGCUUAUAUCACUUCAGGACACACAAUAAAGCUUUUCACACUUGACAUUCUUAACCCUGGGUAAAAUCAGUCCAUGGUUAUCUUGUUGCAUGUUUUACACUCUUUAUACUUAAACACGGGUUAAUAAAUAAUCUUGGAUAUUCAGGUUUUAUGAUUUCUCAUUUUGUACAUUGUGGGUUAACAUUGCUAUUUUGUUAUUUAUAAGCAAAAUAACAUUGACAAAUAACCUGUUUUAAUAACUGCUUGUCCUUCUGUGGAAAUGAUUCCAUAGUCACAGUAAACAUGCAAGAAUAUCUACAUUCUUGAAAGGGUUCAAGUCAAAAUACCCCCAGGAUUAAAUGCAGUGUGAAAAGCCCUCAUGAACUUAUUUAUUUGUGGGGUUUUUUGUUUUUUCAUUUAUCAUGCACAUGUUUUGCAUGGAACUCUUCUGGACAUAUUGCACACAUGUAAAUAUGCCAGUCUAAGAUGCCUCCUAAGGAUUUGCAUAGUUCUUUUCCUGUUUUCUCUCAGCUUUACUGACCCACAUUUCCAUCUGCAUGAAUCCCUAAAGGGUGUCUUUAGUGACGGGCACUGACCAGUUUGUGGGGUGCUUUUCAUAGGAAAGUUAAUGGCGGGAAAUAGAACCGAUUCCUGAAACACAUUUUGUUCAUUGUAACGGUACUAUGUGUUAUAUUAAUACUUGGAUUAUUUGCCCAAAUUGUUUUAAAUAUAUGAUAAUGAUUAUACGCUUAAUGUACGUAUGUCAGGAUACAUGUUAGUGUCUGUCUAGCGUAGUGCAGUUUCAUAGUGCAGUGUGUCAUUUCUGCUGCACCAAAUGAAGUUGCAGUUUGUUGGAGUGGCCCGAUAUAGAAAUGUUGAGUCACCAAGUGAGGUCAAAGGAGGACUGAUAAUAAUAAUAAUGCAUUUUAUUUAUAGAGACCUUUCAAACACUUAAGGAUACCUUAUACCAGUGGUUCUCAACAGGGGACCCCAGCUUACAUCCAUGGGGGGCUCAAGAUGACUAAUAAUUUAAAAUGAGACAAAAUAAGCAUUCAAUUUAUUAAAAUGUCUUAUUAUUUUGCCAUUUUUUAAUGAAUAAAACUUUUUCUAGUUAAUGUCACGUUUUAAAGUAUUUUAUUGGGUAAAAAUUUUGAGUAGGAUUUUUUUUGAGAGUGUGAGAGGGGGACCUUUUAAAUUUUUUGAAAACAAUGGGGGGGCCUUGGAGUCGAAAAGGUUGAGAACCCUUGCCUUAUACUUACUACAAGACAAACAAAAAGGUUUGGAAAAAAGUUUGAAAUUACUCACUGCAGCUUUAUAUGAACCAUUGUGACUGAUCAGGCAGCGUCAACAAGACCCUUUUAGAUCUCAGUUUCACCACAUCCUCCAUCUCGCGCUUUCUAGCCCUUUUCUGAGCGUUUGGUUUAAGAGUCACUAAUAUGACGUGACCUUCUGGGAUUACUCGAUGAGGGAUAUAUGAUCUAUAUGUGCUGUGUAACAACUGUAUUAUGUAACAGUUUUAUAGUAUGAACACAGGCCAUUUUGUUUGACGUUUUGUUUUGUCGUUGUGUUUUGGUAUUCGUUUUGAACUUUAAACAAAAUGUGUUUUUGGGUAUCAUGGGUUAGAACAGGUAAUUAUCAGAUGCCGCGAUCCACCUGCUGAUGAUAUACAUACACACGUUCUCUCUGUAAGACACAAUAACCCCGUUUUCAAGUUCUCCUCAACUCUCCGACACAGACAAACACAGUUUGUACAGUGUCUCUCUUAUUUUAUGACUUUGUUGUAAAUACUGUAUAAUGCAUUUUGAUAUCAUUGACAUGUUUUGAUAUUUCAGUCACUACCAAUGAAUACAGAUCUUAGGGGGAAAAUAUGUAAAGGAAAAACCCAUCUUUGUAGUUAAACAGUCACUGUUCUCCGUUCUUGACUCUCAGCUGUACAGAUGUACUAAAUAAUCAUGCAAAUGUAAAGAUUUUUGUCAGCCUUUACUUCAAAGAUUCAUGUUUGGGAGGAGAGGAAAGUUAGAUAUUUGUGAAUAGGUUAGACAUAAUGAACCCGUUUCACAGAGCAGACACGUCUGAGCACUCAUGCUGAGGACAAAAGCAUCUGUUCUCUUUCUCUCAUGUGUCCUCACUUUGCACUUUCCAGACAGCAGCCCACCUUUUAACACGAUGCCUAAAUGAACGUACAUGGUUCUUUACAUAAAGUGACCACACAUUCAAUCUUUACUAUGAAGGAUUUUAUCUAUUUAAAGUUAGAAAAGUUUCAAAAUACUUGUAUGGAUGAAAAAAGUGAUGAAACGGAGGAAACUGUCCUUCCUGUUUUCUUAAGGGUUGCAGUCGCUCCUCGGCCAGUCCUCUGUAUGUAAACCACUCACAUUGUUGACCAUCUCUGUAAUUCUAUUGUGACCUGUACAAUACUGUACCAUUAGAGAGGAGAUGACGUCGUCCAGAGGGGGUUAAUAUACAGAAAAGAAAAAAUUCUCCUCCAUCGUUCAUUGUUUUGUCUGGCAAACAAAAAGCAGUAUUGCGCAAAAAGCCGUUUGUCUCCUGGGUUUGCUUUGUAUUUCAUGUUUAGGGUAGUUUGGAUUCUUGUCUUAGGGACUCUUUCUGUCUUGUGUAGUAAAUUAAGAUGGUCUUUGUAUGUUUCUUUAUAUUGUAAAGUUUCUUUUUAGAUUUGAAAGUUGCUUAUUAAAAC